UCCAGAAGAAGCCGUCUGGAGCUUAGGGAACUGAUAGCGCCGCCACCCCAAGCUGACCUCGCGUAACGGGCGAAAAGUAGUACGGUGUGCGUGAAUACUUAUACCGAGCUUGGAGCGCCAGCUUUUUCACUAUUUAUCGCUUGCCCUCUUGGCUUCCUGAUUUCUUUUUUUCUCGGUUCUCCCUCUGGCAGUCCUGAGCUCUUACUAUUUCCUAUUUGAGUUCCCCGUUGUUGAUAUCACUAGCAGCUCACUCCAUAAAAUUGGCAUACGACCUGUCCAAAACUUUACUACACUUCAAGCUGCUUUGGACUGAACACUUCAAGGACCUUUCUUUCAGUAUUCCUCAAGUUCCGCUGUUGUACCCACCGCUUUUACGCCACUCGAUAUGCUUCUCCUUCGUCCCCUCAUUGCUAUAGCCUCCGUGGCUGGCCUGGUCCUCUCGCAAAACACCUCCUCCAUCGACCCAAAUAGCGUCCCAAUCGAUACAAGAAAGCAAUGGUGUCAGUCUCAGACCUCGCAAUGUCCAUUACUUUGUUAUCAGUUGCCAAACACAUCGGGCUCACCCAAAGAAAACACAUGCGACGCUAAAACUCUCCAAUACCAGUGCAUCUGUAGCAAUGGCCUGAGUCCCAACUCAUCUCAGUACUCAGAGACCAUCCCAUACUUUAUUUGCACGGAAGAGAAUGACGAAUGUGUCACUAAAUGCAAUGGUGACUCGACCUGCCAGUCAAAUUGCCGGUCUGAGCACCCCUGUGGUGCACAGAACCCCAAGCGUGUAAACGUGACAUCCACCGCUGCUUCCACUACUGCCGCAGCCACAACUUCCCUUCCGCCAUUUACUGGAGUCCCUGAUAAGGGAGCAGCAGCCAGGCCGUCGACUGACCUUGGGCAGGUAUAUGGCCUGGUUGUAGUUGUGGGAGCUUUCCUGGCUGGGUUUACAACAUUGCUUUGAGACCAGGCUACAAAUCAGUACGAAGUUAAUGCCAUCUCUUCCAAGUCCAAGGCUGGAACAUCUGUAAUGGGGCAUGCCAAAUUUAUUCAACACAAUUUAUGUAAUGGGAAUUCAUGAGACCAUCCACUCUUUCCAGACCUAAUAGCGACUUUGAUCCAGGCGUGCUACAUUUAAGGCAGUAGUGCGCAGUUUCUGAUGUUCAAAUGAAGAUACAAACAAUUUACCCAGUUGGGAACCAAAGGCUGCAGUGAAUGGCAUCUACGGAUAGCUAUGUUGC